GACCUCCCCCUCCCCCCAUGGACCUGAGUGGACCAGCCAGCGGUGGUGGCGGUGACGCCGACAACCGUAAUGCCCUGUUCGCCUCCAUCAACAAGGGUGCUGACAUCACUAAAGGUCUGAAACACAUCAGUGAUGACCAGAAGACCCACAAGAACCCAGGUCUAAGGAGUCAGGGGGCUCCCGUUCGUAGUGGACCCAAACCGUUCGCCUCCCGCCCCGCUGCCUCCGCCCCCCAGACCCGCACGCUGCCGCCGGUUCUGGAGCUGGAUGGAAAGAAGUGGAGAGUGGAGAACCAGGAGGGGGCCCAGGGUCUGGUGAUCAGUGACACGGAGCUCAAACAGGUGGUCUACGCCUUCAAGUGUAACCAGAGCACCCUGCAGGUCAAAGGCAAGAUCAACUCCAUCACCAUCGAUAGCUGUAAGAAGAUGGGUCUGGUGUUUGAUGACGUCGUCGGCAUCGUGGACAUCAUCAACUGUCGGGACGUCAAGGUUCAGGUGUGUCCACCAGCAUGACGGGGACGUCACGAGGGUGACAGGAUGAGGUCACGAGGGUGACGGGAUGAGGUCACGAGGGUGACGGGAUGAGGUCACGAGGGUGACGGGAUGAGGUCACGAGGGUGACGGGACGAGGACGACACGAGGGUGACGGGA